CUUCCCCGGUCACGUGACGCUAUGGUCGCUCUCGCCCUCCGUAGUGACGUCACCAGUAUGGCGCUCUCCAUAGUUAGACGUGCUGUGCGGUGCCGACCGAGGAGCGGAUACCGGACACUGACCUCUGACCCUUCCCGGGGAGCUCAGGUCCCCGCCCCCCGCGUCUUCUCCGGGAUCCAGCCCACCGGGAUCCCCCACCUGGGUAACUAUCUGGGGGCCCUGCAGAGCUGGGUUGGGCUCCAGGAGGAGUUCUGUUCGGUUCUGUACAGUAUUGUGGACCUUCACUCCAUCACCGUCCCCCAGGAGCCCGACACCCUGCGGGGGAGCGUACUGGACAUGGCCGCCUGCCUGCUGGCCUGCGGGGUGGACCCAGACAAGAGCUGCCUCUUCCAGCAGUCCCAGGUCCCGGAGCACGCGGAGUUGGGAUGGAUCCUCGGCUGCGUCACCUCCAUACCGCGCCUCCGCCAUCUGCCCCAGUGGAAGAUGAAGAGUCAGAAGGAUGAGGGGAGUGUGGGGCUGUUCACCUACCCCGUGCUGCAGGCGGCUGAUAUUCUGCUGUACAGGUCCACACACGUUCCGGUCGGGGAUGACCAGGCGCAGCACUUGGAGCUGACGCAGGAUGUGGCGCGGAUCUUCAAUCGACGAUACGGAGACUUCUUUCCCAUCCCCCGAGCGCUGAUGAGCUCGGCCAAGAAGAUCCGCUCCCUCCGGGACCCCUCGGUGAAGAUGUCUAAGUCGGACCCCCAGAAUCUGGCCACAGUGCGGCUGACGGACGCCCCGGACCAAAUAAUCCUGAAAUUCCGUAAGGCUGUGACGGACUGCACCUCCGAGGUGACCUAUGACCCCGAAACGCGUCCGGGCGUCUCCAACCUGGUGGCUAUCCACAGCGCUGUGAGCGGCCUGACGCCGGAGGAGGUGGUGCGGCAGAGCCGGGGGCUGGAGACGGCGCAGUACAAGAUGGUGGUGGCGGAGGCGGUGAUCGCCAAACUGACGCCCAUCCGGGAGGAGAUCCACAGAUUGCGGGGGGAUACGGAAUUCCUCACCGAGGUGCUGAACCGCGGGACGCAGCAGGCGCGGGAGGUAGCGGCUCCGGUGUAUGAGGCCGUCUGCAGGAGGGUCGGGCUGAGGUGACCAGAGACACGUGUAGUGCAGCGCUGUGCGGCUAUGGACCUGAACUACUGCCCCCAUCAGGCGCUGGACGGACAUCACAUGACUAUCAUUUCCUUCUAUUCUCAUGGAGAUCGAUUCUGGAUUAUUGGACAAUUCUUCUCCGUUACUUUAAAAACAUCGAUUAAAGGGUCGUCCAGGAUCAGAAAAAAACGCUGAUUGCUUCUAAAUACAGCGCCACCCCUGUGCUCAGGUCAUGUGAAGUAUUGCAGCUCAGUUCUAGUGAAUGGAGCCAAGUUGUAAUACCACACACAACCUGGGGACAGGGCUGGCGCUGUUCUCCUGUGCCUGGAUAUCUGGGUUUAUAAAUCUUUUGAUACUUUGCUUUGGCUGCUAUAAAAAUAAAACGUCUUCCUGCUCCCCACCCUGUUCCCCGCUUUGCUUUUUGCUUCCCUCUCUGUCCCCCCCCCUUCCCCUACUUGGUUCACUACUCUGUUCCCCACUGAGCUUUUGACUCUGCUUUCCACUCUGAACCCCACUUAACACUCUACAUUGUGCCCCACUCUGCUUCCUACUCUGCUCCUCACUCUGUUUUCCCUUCUGCUGUUUACCCGGCUCCCUACUCUGUUCUCCACACUGUUCCCCACUUGGCUCCCUACUCUGCUUCCUGCUCUCCGCUCUGCUUCCUGCUCUGCUCUCCGCUCUGCUUCCUGCUCUGCUUCCAACUAUCCACUCUGCUUCCUGCUCUGCUUCCUGCUCUCCACUCUGCUUCCUGCUCUGCUCUCCGCUCUGCUUCCUGCUCUGC